GCAUCGCAGGUCGACGCAGGGAAAGUGGCGUCCAGAACGCCAGAGACAUGGAGUUUUUAAUAGGAAAUCCCUUUUCCACGGCAGUGGGUCAGCGAAUAGAGCAUGCCACCAGUUGUACUCUACCAUCAGAAGACUGGGCACUCAACAUGGACAUCUGUGACCUCGUCAAUGAAACUGAAGAGGGACCAAGGGAUGCUGUUAAGGCAAUAAAAAAGAGAAUUGUGGGGAAUAGGAACUUCAAAGAAGUCAUGUUGACACUAACGGUUCUGGAGGCAUGUGUAAAGAAUUGUGGCCACAGGUUCCAUAUUCUGGUGUCCACCAGAGAGUUCAUAGAGGGGGUUCUGGUCAGAGCCAUACUGCCCAGGAACAACCCUCCACUGGUGAUGCAAGACAGGGUACUCAGUCUCAUACAGGCGUGGGCCGAUGCAUUCCGCAGCUCCCCCGACCUGACGGGCGUGGUGUCUGUUUAUGAGGACCUCAGGAGGAAAGGACUGGAGUUCCCCCACACGGACCUGGACUCAGCUCCAAUACAUACCCCCUGCAAGACUGUGGCCGGCUCCUGUCCUCCUGUUUCUGUGAAUUCCACCGGUCAGUCGACCAAGCCAACUACACCCUCUUCACCAUCACCAGACCGGCCUCAAUCUCAGUCUCAGUCUCAGUCUCAACCUCAACCUCCUCAGUCUCAGCCAGAGCCAGAGCCAGAGCCAGAGCCCCCAGAGACAGAAAACCCUGAUGACCCAGUGGUACUGACACCUCAGCAGUUGAAGAGAUUGCGGUCGGACAUCCAAGUGGUGAGAGGAAACCUGGCGGUGAUGUCUGACAUGAUGACCCAGAUGCACCCGGGCUGCGCUCAGCCAUCCGAUAAAGAGCUGCUACUGCAGCUUUACGCCACAUGUAAGGACAUGCAGGACAAGCUGGUGGGGCUGAUUCCUCGACUGGCGGAGGAGAAGCUGGUGGAGGAACUGCUGAUCACCAACGAUGAGAUCAACACCACCUUCACGCGAUACAGGAGGUACGAAAGACUUUAUUCUUCUUCGGAAGCACCUCGGGAGUGCCCCACCUACGCGAACCUGAAAGACCUCAGUCCACCCUCCAACCAGUCAGUGGCCACGUCUGAACUCAAGCCAUGCCGGCAACCACCAAUCAGCAUCCUCUCCAGCCAAAUGGCAGGCCUUCAUACAAAAGACAGCAAGCCUCCUCCGAUUCAGCCAGCUCCGAUCCAGAAUCAUUCUGCAACCCAGCAGAUAAAUAGUGACCUGCAUAGCAAUGUACCGAAUGAGGCCUCUAACAAUGCACGGCGAACCAGCACGAGUGACAGCCCAGAGCCCGCCCCCCUCAGCUCCUCUCCACAGUUUCAUUGGAUGAUGGCAAAAGGCAUGAUACCCGUUAACCAGGCCUCCGUUAUGGAUGACAUUGAGAGAUGGCUUGAGUUUGAUGAUGUGGAGGAUGACUUAGCAGACUCGGAGGGAGUUACCAGUGAAGAGUUCGACAGGUUUCUGGCAGAACGAGCGAGAGCAGCGGACCGUCUUCCAACCGUGAGGGCACCGCCGGACUUGAGCAAAUGAAAACCAAGCGACAGAUCCACGAAGAGUGAUUUUCCUCUAUGGCUUAUUUUGAGAGACAGCCAUGCGGUCCUUAAAGGCCUGUCUGCUGCUUUGAAUUCUGUUCUGUCGCCAUAACAUCGACACUAACUAACAGCGGCCAGCUUGAAUCAUUUCAAGGAGCUGCAGACUCAGUGGUUUUUGAGGUCAUUACCAAGCUGUGUGAAGGAGCAUGGCAGGCUACAAAAACUAGGCUGUAGAUAUUGCUAGCUAUUAAUACCUCACUUGGAAUAUCAAAUGAAAUUUGUUUUCCAGCUGUAUUCCAUCGUACUGCUUUAUUGACACUGGAAAUGGGUAGCGGUAAUCCUGUCCUGAAGGCUUAAAUGCUUUCCCUUUAGAUGUAGCGCCCCUCACCUCUACUUCCUGGUUAGGCUAAUUAUGCUAAUCAGUGGAAUGAUCUGACUGCCUGACUGACUGUCUGUCUGGGGAAUGUUCUGGGUUGCCAGAUCGGGCAGUUUCCUGCCCAAUUGGGGCGUUUCGGAUGAACAUCUGUGGGUGAAAAGACGUAUUGUUUUUAUAUUAUUAUUAUUAUUAUUUGUGUCCAUAGAAAUCCAUCGCAUUUUCUUCAAAUUGGAUGGGAUUUACUUCCCUCCUCCAGCGUUUUCAAGCAUUUAUUGGGCUUGAAAUCAUCAACCACAUCUGGCAACCCUUGGGAAUGCAUUCUUAACGCUUGCCCCAGUCAUCAUACAGUUAUGUUGUUCCAGACACAUUCAAGUUAAAUCUGUUAUUUCUUUUGGCCUCUCUGUUUUACUCUUUUAAUAUUUUUGUAUGAAGGUUUUAGAUCAUCUUGUUAACAUUUUAUAGAAAACAAAUGCUAGCCUUUCCAGCAUUCCUUUUGGUCAGUCUUAAAAGGUUACAAUGGCACAAAUUGUAAUUGUUUACUUUAUAGAUUUGCACAUAUUUCUCAUGCAUUUGCACAAUACUGAUGUGACACUACUUAUUUGAAGGAAGCAAUGUUAUUUUUCACUUCAUGAAAGGCCUACGCCUAGAAAUAAAGUUAAAAAAAAAAAACUGUUUCUGAAAAACCACUAUUUGUAAAAGAAAUUAACACACUACCACAAAAUGACUGUUACUGUGUUGGAUGUGCAAUGAAAUCAUUUGUGAUGACGGUUCCAUUUAUAGAUGUCAACGUCUCGGGCGCAUUAGGAGAACAUACUUGGCUCAACCUGCAGGUCGGAUUAUUUUUAACCAUAGGAAAACUGUUGUGUCACGAAUGCAGUCUAGCUAUUAUUGCACACCUGUUGAGAACUUGUUGUCUCCCCCCUACAGACAUUCACACAUGGCCGUGUUUAUGUACAUGUUAAGAUUAAAUACAUGUAUUAACAUGC